AUGGAGACCAGAGGCAGACUUUUAUUCACCUGCCUGCUGCUGACCGGGCAUCUCUGGCUGUGCGCGUCUCAAGUCCUUCGGAUCGGUGGGAUCUUUGAGACCCGGGAGAGUGAGUUGGUGAGUAUGGACGAGCUGGCCUUUAAGUUUGCUGUGAACAACAUCAACCGCAACAAAACACUGAUGCCCAACACCACACUGACGUACGACAUCCAGCGGAUCAACAUAUUCGACGGCUUUGAGGCGUCCAGACGAGUGUGUGACCAGUUGGCUCUGGGGGUCGUGGCUGUGUUCGGACCCUCUCACAGUUCCUCCGUCAGUGCGGUUCAGUCCAUCUGUAACGCCCUGGAGGUGCCCCACAUCCAAACCCGCUGGAAACACCCGUCCGUGGACAACAAGGACACUUUCUUCAUAAACCUGUAUCCUGAGUACACGGCCAUCGCCCGCGCCAUCCUGGACGUGGUCACUUUCUUCAAAUGGAAGAAACUCACAGUGGUCUACGAGGACAGCACAGGUCUGAUGCGAAUGCAGGAACUGAUAAAAGCUCCCGCUAAAUUAAAUCUUAAAGUGAAGAUCCGUCAGCUGACCCCCGGGAACCAGGACGCACGGCCGCUGCUCAAAGAACUGAAGAAAGACAGAGAGUUCUUCAUCAUCUUUGACUGCUCCUACCGCAUGGCAUCCGAGCUCCUCAAACAGCUUUCGUCAAUGGGAAUGAUGACUGAAUACUACCAUUUCUUCUUCACCACUUUGGACCUGUUUGCACUGGACCUUGAGCCGUACCGCUACAGUGGGGUGAACAUGACGGGCUUCAGGCUGUUGAACGUGGGUGAUCCCUGGGUCACCACCACCAUGGACAAGUGGGCCUCGGAGCGCCUGCAGGGGCCGAAACAGGACAGCAGUCUCCUGGAUGGCAUCAUGACGACGGACGCGGCGCUCAUGUACGACGCGGUGCACAUGGUUGCCGUGGCGUCACAGAGGGCGACUCAGAUGACUGUCAGCUCUCUGCAGUGUCACCGCCACAAGCCCUGGAGGUUCGGCCCACGCUUCAUGAACCUGUUCAAAGAGGCGCAGUGGGACGGCCUGACGGGACACAUUGUUCUUAAUAAGACAGAUGGCCUGAGGCGGGACUUUGACUUGGACAUCAUCAGCCUGAAAGAGGACGGCACUGCUCGGGGUUUCACUGAUGGCCGGAGUCGACUCACCAAACGCUGGAGCAAGAUCGCUGUGUGGAACUCAUACACAGGCAUGAACCUGACGGAGAAUGACCGAGACAAGAAUAACAAUGUGACCGACUCUCUGACCAACAGGACGCUCAUCGUCACCACGAUCCUGGAAAACCCAUAUGUGAUGAACAAAAAGUCGGAUAAGGAGCUUGUGGGGAACGACCGGUACGAAGGUUACUGCCUGGACCUGCUGAAGGAGCUGUCCAACAUUUUAGGAUUUACAUAUGAAGUGAAGCUGGUGGGUGACGGGAAAUACGGAGCUCAAAACGACAAAGGAGAGUGGAACGGGAUGGUCCGGGAACUCAUCGACCAUGUGGCCGACCUUGCCGUGGCUCCUCUGACCAUCACAUACGUGCGAGAGAAGGUCAUAGAUUUCUCCAAACCCUUCAUGACUCUGGGCAUCAGCAUUCUGUACCGCAAACCCAACGGCACCAACCCGGGCGUCUUCUCCUUCCUCAACCCGCUGUCCCCGGAUAUUUGGCUGUACGUGCUUCUGGCCUGCACCGGGGUCAGCUGCGUGCUCUUUGUCAUCGCCAGGUUCACUCCUUAUGAGUGGUACAACCCACAUCAGUGCAACCCAUCCUCCACUUUGAUCCAGAACAACUUCACUUUACUCAACAGCUUCUGGUUUGGCGUCGGCGCACUCAUGAGACAAGGAUCGGAGCUGAUGCCCAAAGCCCUGUCCACUCGGAUCGUUGGUGGGAUCUGGUGGUUCUUCACACUGAUCAUCAUAUCGUCCUACACUGCAAACUUAGCCGCGUUCCUCACUGUGGAGAGGAUGGACGCUCCCAUCGACUCUGCGGACGACCUCGCCAAACAGACACGGAUAGAGUACGGAGCAGUGCGAGACGGAUCCACCAUGACCUUCUUUAAGAAAUCUAAAAUCUCCACUUAUGAGAAGAUGUGGGCGUUCAUGAGCAGCAGGAAGAACACGGCGUUGGUGAAGAACAACAAAGAAGGCAUCACCCGAGUCCUCACCACGGACUACGCCAUGCUGAUGGAAUCCACCAGCAUCGAGUACAUUAGCCAGAGAAACUGCAACCUGACGCAGAUCGGGGGCCUCAUCGACUCCAAGGGCUACGGUGUGGGCACGCCGAUAGGGUCACCGUACCGCGACAAAGUGACCAUCGCCAUCCUCCAGCUGCAGGAGGAGGGGAAGCUGCACAUGAUGAAGGAAAAGUGGUGGAGAGGAAAUGGCUGUCCCGAAGAAGACAACAAAGAGGCCAACGCUCUCGGCGUGGAGAACAUCGGGGGCAUAUUCAUCGUGCUGGCGGCUGGGCUCGUCCUGUCUGUGUUUGUGGCCAUCGGAGAGUUUAUCUACAAGGCCCGCAGGAACGCAGACAUAGAGGAGGCGUUUUGUUUCUUUUACGGGGUGCAGUCCCGUCAGUUCCAGCGCCGUGGCUCCACUUCAUCGUCGGGCACCUCUCUGUCCACAGACCUGGAGAGUGGGCGGCUGCUCGGAGACGACACUGACUAA